GGCAAUAGCCUCAAGACAUUUCAAGACUUAAUUUUUUCUCUGACACAACUCAACUGUUGGUUGCUCAAACAUCUCCAUAAUCACUGCUUCUUCUACCAUGUCUUAUCCAACAUCCUCUUCCUUUGCCUAUCAAUGGGCUUAUGAUGUUUUUCUGAGUUUUCGGGGAGAGGACACCCGCACUGGUUUUACUGGAAAUCUUUUCCAUGCUCUGUGUCAAAAGGGAGUCAACACUUUCAUGGAUGAUCAAGAGCUUAGGAAGGGUGAAGAAAUCACACCAGCUCUGUUAAAGGCAAUUCAAGGAUCUAGGAUUGCCAUUGUCAUUUUUUCACAAAACUAUGCAUCAUCAACUUUUUGUUUGCAAGAACUUGUGAAUAUUAUGGAGUGCUUCAAACACAAUGGCAUGUUGGUUUGGCCUGUUUUUUAUCAAGUGGAACCAUCUGACGUUCGUCAUCAGAAAGGAAGCUAUGCAGAAGCACUCACCAAACAUGAGAGUAGAAUCAGUGACAAGAAUAAGGUGAAAAAAUGGAGGUCAGUUUUGCAAGCAGCAGCUAAUCUAUCCGGCUGGCAUUUCAAACAAGGGUACGAACAUGAUUUCAUCCGAGAUAUCAUUCAAGAAGCCUUUAGAAGGAUCAAUCGGAGCCCUUUAUAUGUAGCUAAUUAUCCAGUUGGCUUAGAGUCUCGCAUCCAAAAGGUGAAGUCACUUCUUGAUCUUGAGUCAAAUGAUGGAGUCUACAUGGUAGGGAUUUAUGGAAUAGGUGGAAUUGGAAAGACAACACUUGCUUGUGCAGUAUACAAUUUCAUUGCUCAUCAAUUUGAAGCUCUAUCUUUUAUAGCUGACAUUAGAGAAAAUUCAAUGAAAAAAGAGCUGGUUCACCUUCAGGAGACACUUCUUUCUGAUAUAGUUGGGGAGAAAGACAUUAAGUUGGGGAAUGUAAAGAAAGGGAUUCCAAUAAUUAAAAGUAGGCUAUGUAAAAAGAAAGUUCUUUUAAUUUUGGAUGAUGUUGACGAAUUGGUGCAAUUAAAAGUACUUGCAGGUGGACUAGAAUGGUUUGGUCCUGGUAGCAGAAUUAUUAUUACCUCUAGAAAUAAGCAUUUGCUACGUGUUCAUGGUGUUGAAAGAACCUAUGAAAUGGAAGGAUUAAAUCAAGAAGAGGCCCUUGAACUGUUCAGUUGGAAUGCUUUCAAAAGAAAGCAGGUUAAUCCUGGUUAUCUGGACAUUUCAAAGAGAGUAUUGCAACAUUCUAAUGGCCUACCAUUAUCUCUGGAAAUAAUAGGCUCUGAUUUAUACGGUAAGACAGAGUUGGAAUGGAAGUCAGCAUUAGAUACUUAUGAAAGAAUUCCUCAUGAAGAUAUUCAGCGAAUCCUAAGAGUAGGCUAUGAUGGCUUAAAGGAAUUUGAAAAGAAAAUAUUUGACAUUGCUUGCUUCUUUAAAGGAUACUAUUUGAAUGAUGUCAUAAAUAUUCUUCACAGUGGUCGUGGCUUUGCCCCAGACUAUGCUAUCCAAGUGUUGGUUGAUAAAUGUCUAAUAAUAAUUGAUGGACAUUGUGUGAGAAUGCAUGAUUUGAUUGAGGAUAUGGGUAGAGAAAUUGUACGACUUGAAUCACCUUCAAAAUCAGGUGAACGGAGUAGAUUAUGGUUCUCUAAAGAUAUUCUUCGUGUUUUCAAACAGAACAAGUUUGACUAUUAUGGCUUAAAGGGAUCCGAUAAAACUGAGAUCAUCAUGUUACACUUGCCUAAAGUUAAAGAAGUGCAAUGGGAUGGAACCGCAUUGGAGAAGAUGGAAAACCUUAAAAUAUUGGUGGUAGAAAAUGCUCACUUUUCUAGAGGACCUAGUGCUCUCCCAAAAAGUUUAAGAGUGCUAAAAUGGAGUGCAUAUCCUGAAUCAUCUUUUCCUACUAAUUUUGAUCCAAAGAAACUUGUCAUAUUGGACCUGCCUUUGAGUUCCUUUACAUUCAGGGAUCAAGUGAACAUGAACUUCAAGUCUUUGAUGGAAAUGAAGUUAAGUAGAUGCGAAUUACUAAAAAAAAUACCUAACAUGUCUGGAGCACCGAAUCUGAAGAAACUGCUUCUUGUUAAUUGCGAAAAUUUAGUUGAAGUUCAUGAUUCCGUUGGAUUUCUGGAUAAACUUAAAUAUUUGGAUCUUCAUGAUUGCACUAAUCUUAGGAUUCUUCCCCGUGGCAUCAACUUAACUUCUCUUAAAACCAUGUCCCUUCAGAAUUGCAAAAGUCUCAAGAGUUUUCCAGAAAUUUUAGGGAAGAUGGAAAACGUAUAUUCACUCCAUUUGAGUGGCAGUGGCAUAAGUGGCUUGCGUUCUUCAAUUGGAAAUCUAGUUGGACUCAACAUCUUGUGUCUCACUAAAUGCAAAUGGCUACUUGAACUACCAAGUAGUAUUUUUAUGCUGCCAAAGCUCCUCACGUUGAAUGCUAACUAUUGUGAGCGGCUUGCUCGAGUUCAGAAUGGGGAAGGUCAAGGUCAAGUUCCAAUGUCUUCAAGUGUAGUGUUUAGAAUUUAUACUUUGACGGAUAAAUUUCUUUGCGCAGUUCUUCCUUGGUUGCGCAAUGUAACACAUUUAUGCCUUGCUAACAGCAAUACCACAAUCCUUCCAUCAUGCAUCGGUGUCUGUCUCUCCUUGAAAAGUCUUGAUUUACGUGGCUGCAAGAAACUUAGAGAAAUCAGAGGCCUUCCACCAAACAUUAAAAAACUUCAAGCUAUGGAUUGCACAUCUUUAACUAGUGAGUCGAAGGAAAUGUUACUGAAUGAGAGACUACACGAGAAAGAGGGCACACAUUUCAAAUUUCCAGGAUCAAGUAUGCCAAGUUGGUUGAAUUGCGGUAGCAUGGGUCCAUCCCUGCGUUUCUGGUUUCGUAACAAGUUCCCAGCAUUAACUCUAUGUGCUGCUGGUGUUUUUCAGUCAGAUUAUGACAAUGAGAACUGGCGCCUGAAGGUCAAUGGCGUGCUACUGCCCCGAAAAUAUGUUAUCGCCUGUUGUAGAAACAUAAAACACACAGUUCUGGCUGAUGUUCUCCAAUUAUGGUAUGUUGAAAAAGGAUUACAUAUUAGGAAUGGAAGGAACAGUGCUGAGAUUUUAUUUGAUGGUUAUGGAGCAAAAGAUGUAGAAUGGAUGGGAGUACAUGAAAGAGAGGAAAGUGAUCAAGAAGAAAGUGGUAGUCGAUAUGUGCUUGCUUUAUCAAAUAAAAGACAAAAACUUCGCCACCCUGCCAAGAGGAAAAGUAAUAAAGUCAGAUAUGUAUGGCCAAAACACCAACUCAUGGUUAUAGCUAUGAAGAAUGGAAAAAGAAUGAAUAAAUUAAAAAAUCAUUGCUAUAACCCUGGUUUGCAACCAUAGUUUAAAAAUCUAGAAAAAGCCAAGAACAAAGGAUCUCAAAGUUGCAAUGCUCAGUCAAUGCCAAAGUUGUAAAAGCUUUCUUCACUUUGAAGGACUCCUCGUCGUUGCGACAGUGAUCCGUGGUUGUAGUUGUGGAGUUAAAAUUUUCAGUUUUUCCUUGCUUUUAAAGAUCAUAUAAAUAGAAAACAAAGGGAGGACAAAAAACGUGAGAUAGAGAGAAAAAAAAAAAA